AUGGCCCCUAUCACAAACGGACGAACCCUCUUCAACGAAAUCCCAACUGGCUACCCGGAGCCAGGGAAGACAACUGUGCACGAUGUAUCGCAAACGAUCGACCUCCAAAAUGAGCAACUCAAUGGAGGAUUCAUUGUCAAGACGCUGUUUAUCUCUGUCGAUCCUUAUUUGAGGGGUAGAAUGAGGCCUGCGGAUGUUCCGAGUUACUUGCCUGCCUUUCCUCUAGGCCAACCAAUCGCCAACUACGGAAUUGGCGUCAUCGUUCGGUCCGAGAACGCUGCGUUGAAAGCGGGCGAUCACAUCUAUGGCCUGUUUCCAUUCCAGGAGUAUUUCGUAAGAAGCGAUCCUUCAACGUACAAAGUUUUGAAGGACGAUGGUGUGCCAUGGUCGGUUUACCUCGGCGCUGCUGGGAUGCCAGGACUCACUGCUUACACCGGAUGGAAGGAAUUUUCGCACGCCAAACAGGGUGAAACGAUAUUCAUCUCUACUGCUGCAGGUCCUGUCGGGAGCUUCGUGAUCCAGCUCGCCAAAUUAGAAGGUCUCAAAGUGAUCGCUUCAGCUGGCUCCGAUGAGAAGGUUGAGUUUGCACGUUCGCUUGGCGCGGAUGUUGCCUUCAACUACAAGACAGAGAGUACAGAAGAGGUUCUCAAGCGUGAGGGCGGAAUCGACAUCUAUUGGGAUCAUGUUGGUGGAGAGACGCUCGAUCUUGCUCUGGCGUAUGCGAACAGGCGCGCUCGCUUCAUCGAAUGCGGCAUGAUCACAGAAUACAAUGGGCCCAACGCUUACAAUGCUCGAUCACAAUCCGAGCAGAACCUCGGCGCAAUCGUGACCAAAGAGAUCAGCAUCAACGGGUUCCUCAUAACACACCGAGGCGCAACGUAUCGGGAUCAAUUCUAUAAAGAGGUGCCGAAGCUCAUCCAGGAGGGCAAGAUCAAGUACAAGGAAGAUAUAACGCGCGGUCUAGAGAAUGCAGGUCAAGCACUGCUUGAUCAACAACAAGGGAAAAACUUUGGAAAAACAGUCAUCCUUGUGGCGAGUGAGUGA